AUGGCUCUUGCGAAGCCGGCAGUUGUCCGGCUGGGCUUGAAAUGCCUCUUCUUUGCCGCCGUGAUGGUCGCCUGCGAUGGGCAAGGCGGCGCGCGGGAGGACGGGGGCGCCGCCUGCUACGGAGGAUUCGACCUGUACUUCAUUUUGGACAAAUCAGGAAGUGUCCUGCACCACUGGAGUGAAAUCUAUUACUUUGUGGAACAUCUGGCCCACAAAUUUAUAAGCCCCCAACUGAGGAUGUCCUUCAUUGUUUUCUCAACUAGAGGCUCGACUCUAAUGACACUUACUGAAGACAGGGAGCAGAUUCGUCAAGGCUUAGAGGAGCUUCAGAAAGUCCUGCCAGGAGGAGACACUUACAUGCAUGAAGGAUUUGAAAGGGCGAGUGAACAAAUUUACCAUGAAAAUGUUCAAGGAUAUAGGACCGCGAGCGUCAUCAUUGCCCUGACAGAUGGAGAACUUCAUGAGGACCUUUUCUUCUAUGCAGAACGAGAGGCUAACCGAUCGCGUGAGCUGGGAGCAACUGUAUACUGUGUUGGCGUGAAAGAUUUCAAUGAAACUCAGCUGGCUCGGAUUGCUGACAGCAAGGAUCACGUCUUCCCCGUGAAUGAUGGCUUUGAAGCUCUCCAGGGGAUCAUAGACUCUAUCUUAAAGAAAUCAUGCAUUGAAAUUCUGGCUGCAGAACCUUCUAGUAUCUGUGCAGGAGAGUCAUUCCAAGUAGUCGUGACGGGAAACGGCUUUCGGCACGCCCGCAACGUGGACCGAGUCCUCUGCAGCUUCAGAAUCAAUGAGACCGUCACGCUCAAUGAGAAACCGUUUGUAGUAGAGGACACCUAUUUACUCUGCCCCGCACCUGUAUUACAAGAAGCUGGCAUGGAAGCCGCUCUUCAGGUCAGCAUGAACGAUGGCCUCAGUUUCAUCUCAAGCUCUGUCAUCAUCUCCAGCACGCACUGUUCUGAUGGGACAAUUCUGGCACUGGCUCUGCUGGUGCUUUUCCUCCUGCUGGCGCUGGCUCUGCUGUGGUGGUUCUGGCCGCUGUGCUGCACUGUGAUUAUUAAGGAGCCCCCUCCGCCUCCUAUGGAGGACAGUGAGGAAGAAGAUGAUGAUGGACUUCCCAAGAAGAAGUGGCCAACUGUGGAUGCUUCCUAUUAUGGUGGACGUGGUGUUGGUGGUAUCAAGCGAAUGGAGGUUCGCUGGGGAGAAAGAGGAUCUACUGAAGAAGGUGCUAAGUUGGAGAAGGCCAAGAAUGCCCGAGUCAAAAUGCCGGAGCAAGAGUAUGAAUUCCCAGAGCCCAGGAACCUUGGAAACGGCAUGCGGAGGUCUUCUUCUCCCAAAAAGUGGUACUCUCCCAUUAAGGGAAAAUUGGAUGCCCUCUGGGUUCUGCUGAGGAAAGGUUACGACCGAGUAUCUGUGAUGCGACCACAACCAGGAGACAAGGGCCGCUGCAUUACGUUCACCAGAGUGAAGACUUCUCAGGCUCCGCCCAAGUACCCGCUCAACAACGCCUACCACCCUCCGUCUGCACCCCCAGCCCCCAUCUACACCCCUCCGCCCCCAGCCCCCAUCUACACCCCCCCACCGCCAAGCUCACCAACGCCUCCCACCCCAUCCCCACCUAACACGCUCCCGCCCCUCCCCCCUCCUCCCCAUGCCCCGCCCCCCAGCCGGGCUCCGCCCCCUUCCCGGCCCCCUCCUCGCCCUUCUGUCUAAAAGAAACGCCUCUCUCUCCCAGAAGUUUCUCUCAAGCCAUUUUCAGCAGUACUGUAACACUGAUCUUACA